AUGGGAGUGCUCCUGGCUCUUCCAGCUGUGUUGUUGAUUAAAGUAAACACUGAUGGAGGGGGAACAACGCUGAGCUGCAACAAGCUAAUAGAACACAUCAACCAGCAUCAGAGGAAAGCGUGUUCUCCAGCAGGCGUGCUGUCCUGCAAGAUAACUGCACACUUCCUGAGAGGUCUGUUAGGUGCCAGUGUACGUUGUGGACAACCAAGAUAUGAAGUCAACAAAGCCUGGUCUCAGAUCAGCGUGCAAUGUCCUGUUUUGUUGAUCUCCACAGUGCACUGGUGGCAGCGUCUCCGUCCCGUCCUGUUGUCACUGUGGCGUCGUCUGUGUGAUGAACAGACGCUGCCGGAGCAGCUGCAGCUCCUCGCAGAAUGUCAGCACUGGGCCUGCAGUUUGGAGAAAGGCCAGCUGCUGCAGAUGCCUCCAGCUGCAGCUCUGCUGCUGGCGGCCAGCCUUCAUCGUGUCUGGCGAGGCUGUGAGGCAAACAAGCCGAGCUUCAAAGCUGCUUUGAAUUUCCUGCGACCAGACAGAGACGCCAAAUACAGACAGGUGCUCGUUUUCCUUCUUUUCCUGUGCGUUAACGACCACCUGACAACACUGCUAUAUCCUCAGGUAACUGACCACCUAAACAACAACGCUGGAAUUUAG